AUGUCAACUACCUUCCAGAUCAUCUCAGAAGGAUGCGUCUACAUCUUCAGCAGACGGGAACUCAAGUUUGAGGUCACAAUAGAUAAAGUCCAGAAACUUCUUCGAGGGCAAUCGAAGGCUUCCACAUUCAAUGCUUUACACAAAGGCCUGGCUGAGAAAUGGGUUUUGCGGGACGAUGUGGUUAGACCAUUCGGAGACCGACGCCAGAAUUUGCGCUUUGUUUGUACGCUCGACCUCGAUCGGGACCUUCUCAUGUACUCGGACGAAAGUGGCCAUAUCCAGCUUCCCCUAGAUCGCAUACGGAAGCCCAGCUAUGAUGCUAUACCACGAUCCGACUUCGUCCCUUUUGAGAUAUCGCCUCCACCUCAGCUCGAUCUUGCUGAAUUUCCCCCGCCGUACAAGAAACCUACAAUACCUGUAUCCGAACGUCGACUCGCUUUUUCUCCUCGAAUUCUUUCGGAUUUCGCAGAUCAGUGGCGGCACAUACUUCGAACCUCUUACACAGACUCUACUUUUCGGAGACUGGCGAAAGCGGUCGUUAGUAUAGCAGCAUGCGACUUUCAAAUUGAUGAGGUCAGCCAUAACAACCAUAUUUUCUUUCGGAGUUACUACGUUACCGUUCUGGACGUACCGUCCUGGGAAUUCUACGAGCGCCAUCUCUUCCACGUCGGAGGAACUACAGUUGUCCUAGACCAAGAUCUUCAAAGGGCAUUAGAUAUUGCAAGAGAUGAUGCAAAGCAAAGUACCAAAGGCAUGAAAACAGGAGGCCGUGGAGACCAGCGCACAUAUCUACUUUUGUCUGUCCGGCAUAUGUUGGUCUGCCACGUCGAUUCCGCUGGGACUUUCUCAUAUACUGCAGCAACAACUCUCAUGGAUGGCCUGACUCCGCCUUCCCCGGCUGCCAUAAAUCUCCUUCUCCAGGUAUUUUCACCAUGCCGGCCUCUUUUUCGCACACCUAUCCAUGAACUUCCCCUGGAAAUUCAAGACAGAAUCUUGGGAAAUGUUUCGCAAGGUCCGCUCGAAGCUGCAAGACUUGGGUGCGUUCUAGAGCUAGGUUCUCCCUUCACGUGGAUGAGGGCUGUGGACUGGCCAAGGCGAAGUGGUCCUAUCGAGCUUUCCGUUUCUCCUUGUCAUCGCUAUGAGAUCUCUCCUGUAGAGUCGAAGAUUUGCUUUGGCGACGGGUUUAGUGGCGUGUCGUAUCGAUGA